AUGUUGAAAAAUAAGGGCCAUCCGUCCAGACGAGAUAACUUAGCCGUCACUGCUGUUGCUUUGCAAGAUCACAUUUUACACGACCUUCAGCUGCGGAAUCUUUCAGUGGCUGAUCCGUCCAAGACAAGGGCGCCGAAGGGGGAGAACACGUCCAGGUCUCUGAAAAGAAAUACGAAAGCUGUAAUAGAUACAGGACUUCAAAAGACUCCACAAGGCCCCAAAGAGGAAGAUCCGGAAAAAGAGUAUGUCCUUGACCCAAAGCCGCCACCACUAACUUUAGCACAGAGGCUGGGCCUGUUCGAGCCUCCGCCGCCGCCCCUCUCGGCAGAGGAGUGGGGGAGCGUGAAGCAGAGGUCCGUCAGCCAGGGGGACUCCAUGCAGCCCUGCCCCAUCUGCAAGGAAGAGUUCCAGCUGCGCCCCCAGGUGCUGCUGUCCUGCUCCCACGUGUUCCACAGGGCAUGCCUUCAGGCCUUCGAGAGGUUCGCGAGUAAAAAGACCUGCCCCCUCUGCAGGAAGAGCCAGUACCAGACCCGCGUGAUUCACGACGCGGCCCGGCUGUUCAAGGCCACGUGCGCCACGCGGAUCCAGGCCUGCUGGCGCGGACACGUGGUCAGGACGUGGUACCGCGACCUGCGGAGGACACGGCCGCCCACAGACCCCAAGCUCCGGAGAAGGUUCUUCGAAGAAAAGUUCACAGCGAUCAGCCAGCGCUUGCUGCGCUCCUACCACACGGACAUAGACGAGCUCUUCGCAGAGAUCGACCACUGCCUGGCCAUCAACCGCAGCGUCCUGCAGCAGCUGGGCGGGCAGUGCGGCCGCCAGCUCACCGACGGCGACUGGCAGACGAUCCAGGCGCAGGCCCUGCGCCGGGAGACCUCCGAGUGCUCUAUCUGCCUCACGCCGCUGUCCCUGAGCAGCGGCCGCAGCCAGCGCCCCCGGGAGACGGCGCUCCUGUCCUGCUCACACGUGUUCCACCACGCGUGUCUGCGGGCCCUGGAGCAGUUCUCCUGGGGGGACAGCUCUCCCUUCCACGCCUGCCCCCUGUGCCGCUCCUGUUACCAGAAGAAAAUCCUCGAGAGCUGA